AUGGAAGAGGCGAUGGCAGCAAAAGACAGAGAAAUAUACGAGACAAAGGUGUUGCUGCAGCAGCAGCAGCAGCAGCAGCAGCAGCAGCGGCUGCAGCAGCACUCUGCUGCAUUUGAGCUACAGGCAGCUAAUAGACGAGCAGAAGAAGCAGACAGAGCAGCAGCAGCUAGGGUUGAGCAAUUACAGCAGGAGAUUCAAAGACUAAAAGAGAUGAGCGCAGAAGCAGCAGUAGAGGCGCAUGCAGCAGCAGUAAGAAGAGAGAGCGAGAGACUAAAGGCAGAAGAAGAAUUGCAGCAGCAAAUCGCAAAGACACAAGCAGAAGUAGACAGAAAACAAGAAACAGUGCUGCAGCUGCAGCGGGCUCUUAGAUCUCGUGAGUUGGAGGCGGAAGAUCUUCGGCAGCAAAUCCUUCAUUUAGAGUCACGCAUGCAUGCAAAUGACAAGUCCGCACAAGUAGAUGUGCUGCGGCGAGGGUACGAUGAGUUGCGGCAGCAACUGCAGCAGCAAAAUGAUAAAGUGCAGGCGCUGCAGCAAGACUCUUUGCUGCUGGAGAAGGCCCGGGCGGAGAACGUAGACUUACAGAUGUUGGUGCAGCAGCUGCAGCGCAUUGUAUGGCGGCAGCAGCAGCAGAUUACUGUGCUGCAGUCUCCUUCAGGGCAGCAACAGAGACGGCAGCAGCAGCAGCAGCGGCUACUACAGUUACCCAACAACAGCAGUAGCAGCAGCAGCAGCAGCAGCAGCGUAUCCAACGUGCUGCUGCCAUCCAAUGAUGCUCCUGCUGAUCUGCAGCAGCAAAGCCUAGAGAUUGAUUUAACGCUGCAGCAGCUAAUGCAGCGGGAAGACCCGCGGCAGCAGCAACUGCAGCAGCCCUCGCAGCAGCAGCAGCAACAACAACAGCAGCAACAGCAGCAAGGCCUGUUUGACGAUACCCGUUUUCGUCAUCUCUACAGCAGCAGCAGCAGCAGCAGCAGCAGCAGUAGCAGCAGCGCGAGAGCAGCAGCAGCAGCCUUUCUAGGGGGACCCAACCAACAGUUUAGGCUAAGAGAGCAGCAGCAGCAGCAACAGCAGCAGCAUAUGCAGCAGCAGGAGCUGCAGCACCUCCGUCAGCGACUGCAGCAGCAGCAGCAGCUGCUAUUGCAGGAACACCUACAACAGCAGCAGCAACAACAGCAGCAGCAACAGCAGCAGAAGCAGAAUGCCACCUCCCUAGAGGAUGAUGGAUUAGAGGAGGAGGUCCGCCGGUACAACAGCAGCAACAGCAGCAAAGGUCCGCUGCUGCGGCAUAUAAAAGGGAAUAUUUAUCUUUAUGGUAUAAAAAGAGUUGAAUUAAAAAUACUUAACUCUAAGCUUAUGAGGAGGGCAGAAGGAGGAUGGUCUCCCUUAGAGAGUCCAACUGCUGCUGAGGAGAUAGAGGCUAUUGAUUCCUUAGCCCUGCAGGCCUAG